AUUUCGUUUCACAGAUAGCGACCUGUUUUAACCAGACGAACAAAUGAGAUUUCGCAAUUGUUUUAUCCCGCUGGCAGUGUUUAGAGGGCGCCAAUUCGCUAUUUUAUUUUUUCUGUUGUAUGUCCAAAUAUGGGUUCUCUGCCUAAUGCACAACUCUUCAUGGACGGAUUCGGGGACGCUUCAUAUGCAACAGGACGUGACGAAAUCCUCAAAACAUGUUCAUUACUUUUCUAAUCGAGUUUGGAAGGAGAAGUCGAAACGCCUGAUUCUGGUAUGGACUCCGAUAUUUAUGCAGUGGUUUUGGACGGACACGCUACAAAAACAAAUGAGCGAAUGUGCAUGUGAUUGCUCGGUCACUUCAGACCGUUCCCGGAUAAAGGAAGCUGAUGCAGUUUUGUUCCAUAUCUUCGAUUUAUGGUUCUGGCUGGGAUUGCCGACUUACCGCGAUCCGAGACAGGUAUGGGUCGUGUGGUGGGCAGAACCAACUACUCGAGUUUGGCCUGACCUACGUCGUUUCCGGUACACUUUUAAUUGGACAAUGAAUUAUCGACGAGAUUCAACGAUUGAAGCACCAUUUGCUGUCGCAGUACCGUUAACUAAGGACGAAAAGAAGGACCGUGCAAACUGGUAUAAUCUGGAAUUUCCCACAUUAAUAAAGCGUAAGAUAAAUAACGUAUCAAUCACUAAUAGCGAUUGCUAUGACGAGGUUCAGCGCUACCGCCUGGUGGAGCAACUAAGAGAGCACGUGCCUGUUGACUUCUACGGUCGUUGUGGUAACUUAUCGUGUCCACGAGAUAACGAAGAGUGCACAGCCAAACUCAGAACUUACAAGUUUAUGAUCCAAUUCGAAAACAGUUACUGUACUGACUACGUUUCGGAGAAGUACUGGAGUUCACUCUUUGCAGGCAGUAUUCCGAUUGUCAACUGGAAAAGACAACAGCAGAGUUAUCCCGUUAUUAAGCAUUCUUAUAUAAAUAUUUUUGACUUCGCUGACAUGAAAUCGGCGGGAGAAUAUAUUAAAAAAGUAGCAACGAAUAAUACACUGUUUAAAAGCUACUUUAAGUGGACAACAGAGUACAAGGUGACAAAGUCCGGCAUAUGGGCCCAGUUUUGUAAUCUCUGUGACGCUUUGCAUGAUAAUAAGCGGCCUGCUCAGGUAAUCCGGGACCUUCAGGCUUGGGUAGAAGACGACACAUGUCAAAAGGGCACGCCGUGGGCUUUUUUGGAGAGAAGGAUCAACCGUCACAUGUUUGAUUUGGGCUUCUGAUAUCGGACAGACAACUGAACUUUCAUUGGACAGACAGCCGUGCUGUUCCUGGACAAAAACCUGGACUAGUAUCAGCUGGAUACAUUUUCUGAUAAAAUACGGAAUUCCAAUGGGGACAUCGGGAAACAACCCAACAGACCUGGGGAUGAACAAUCGUACUGUUGCCUGACUGACAUAGGAUCGACAAAUCUACUGAUAAAGAACAGAAAAUCAGACAACUGGACAGACAUGGGGACGGACAAUCGUACUGUUGUCGGACUGACAUAGGACGGACAGAUAUACUUAUAAAGAACAGAAAAUCAGACAGCUGGACACACAUGGGGACGAACAAUCGUACUGUUGCCUGACUGACAUAGGAUCGACAAAUCUACUGAUAAAGAACAGAAAAUCAGACAACUGGACAGACAUGGGGACGGACAAUCGUACUGUUGUCGGAUUGACAUAGGACGGACAGAUAUACUUAUAAAGAACAGAAAAUCAGACAACUGGACACACAUGGGGACGAACAAUCGUACUGUUGCCUGACUGACAUAGGACGGACAGAUAUACUUAUAAAGAACAGAAAAUCAGACAACUGGACAGACCUGGGGACGAACAAUCGUACUGUUGUCGGACUGACAUAGGACGGACAGAUAUACUUAUAAAGAACAGAAAAUCAGACAACUGGACAGACAUGAGGACGGACGAUCGUACUGUUGCCGGACUGAUAUAGGACAGAGAAAUCUACAUAUAAAGAACAGAAAAUCAGACAACUGGACAGACAUGAGGACGGACGAUCGUACUGUUGCCUGACUGACAUAGGACCGAGAAAUCUACUUAUAAAGAACAGAAAAUCAGACAGCUGGACAGACAUGAGGACGGACAAUCGUACUGUUGCCGGACUGACAUAGGACCGAGUCCACAAAUCUACUGAUAAAGAACAGAAAAUCAGAUAACUGGACACACGUGGGGACGAACAAUCGUUCUGUUGCCGGACUGACAGAGGACCGACAAAUCUUCUGAUAAAGAACAGAAAAUCAGACAACUGGACAGUCAUGAGGACGGACAAUCGUACUGUUGCCGGACUGACAUAGGACGGACAAAUCUACUGAUAAAGAGUAGUAAAUCAGACAACUGGACAGACAUGAGGACGGACAAUCGUACUGUUGCCGGACUGACAUAGGACGGACAGAUCUACUGAUUAAGAAUAGAAAGUCGGACAACAGGACAGACAUUUAUAUGACAACUUGCCUUUACUGUAUAUCUAACGGAAUGCCAGCUUGUCAUAGAAUUGGUAUACUUGUAUUGCCAAACGACAAAUCAUGGCAUAGAUCCGUCACCCUAAGUAACACCGGACAUGCAACUUAACAUAAACUAGAGGAACACAAUGUUUCUUCUUUGAUAGGAAUUUGCCGUAAAAUGGAUUCCUUGGACGGAAAAGGGAUGACAUAUUUAACAGAAAUAGAACACUUAGGUUUAGAAAAGAGUCACGUGAUAGGCCUCUUCCCGGCACUGACGUCGCAGUGGGAACGAGUGUUCGAGGAUGUAUAGAACGUUAAAGAAGACAGACAACACAUCACGGAAUGUAAUGAACAAUGGAACCAGUUAAUUGUAAGGAAUAUGGUAUUAGCUCAUCACUAAUGCUGUCGGUGCUGGUAAGGACCCCUCACAAAUUGUAAGGAAAUGGCAUUUAUAAUGUCCUGGAACUUGUAAUAAAACAUUUUGCUUUUAUAUGGUUAAAAACAUCUGUUUAAACAAACUAGAAAUAGAACUAUAUGUCUCGACAUUUAGAAAGCAAUUUUUAACUUUUUAUAUUUUCAUUAUUAUUCUGUUGAUGAUAUUAGGACAAUAUAUCUUGACAUUAAGACAGCUAUUUUUUUCACCUUUUUAUAUUUUCAUUAUUAUUCUGUUGAUGAUAUUAGGACAAUAUAUCUUGACAUUAAGACAGCUAUUUUUUUCAACUUUUUAUAUUUUCAUUAUUACAUGUAUUGUAUUGCUGAAUAUCGUCAUUAUCAAUUAUUAUGAUAUCUAGUACAUGUAUGAAUAUCUUGAUGUGCUGCCAUAUGCGAGAUUUGUCACAAACCGGUUGUAUACAUGUAUAUGCAUACAUACAUUCACAUUUGUGUUGCAGUCCUUCUAGAUAACAGUAAGAACUCAUAAUGUUUUAAUGAUUCAAUAAAAGCAAGUGUGUAGUACAUGUAAUAUUAACAAUACUACCGUUAGAUGACCUCUGACCUCAGUAUGGAAACACACCAGUCAACC